AUGCAGAACUCGCUUCAGGACUUCAAUGGCUGGCCAAUCCGAGCUACCCACGCGGUCUGCGACGGCGACCUCAUCACCAGCCCUCUCGAUCUCACCGCCACCUUCCCGUCGCAGUCCAAGACCGCCUCGUACUACGACGAUGGUGUUGACGGCACGUUCGCUCUCUGGGCGUCGAGCGGCGGUACCGCGUAUGUGGGCAUGUACACCGUCGGCGCGUCAUACCCCAGUAACUCCGACGUCUCCAAGUGCACCGACUCGGGCUCUAUCUGCCACCAGGACGACAUCGAGAUCAUUUUCCUCAGCACGGGCAACGCGACUUCAGGCUGGUACGCGACGUGGGACGCGACGGAAGGGCUGACAGUCAGCCCCUCGACAUCUAGAGCGGUAUCGCCUGCCUGA